AUGUCGUCGCGCAGAGCGCUUGGUUACUUGGCGCGAAGCCUUGUGGAAGUGCUGGAAGAUGAUGAACAGCGCGAAGCCCAGCAUCAGAUGAACCAGCAGCUCAUGAUGCAGAUGCUCGCAGCUGCGCAAGGCCAUGCUGGCUGUGGGGCAGGAGGCUGCCGCCCUCCUAUGCGGCCGAUGCUCCCAGGGCCAGGGAUGCCUGGGCCAGGCAUGCUCAUGCCGCCACCAUCAGCCGGUGGCUUGACCAUGACCAUGCAGCAGGUCCAUGUUGCGCCUGCAGAGGGUGGGGGCGGUGGCAAUGGCAAUGCCUCACCAUGGUCAUGCCCCGCCACCUAUGCCUUGCCCUUCUGGACAUCCACCUCAUGGCCAUGCUCCAGCUCCGAUGCCAUCCCAAUGUCACCCACCUCAUCAUCACGGGAUACUGCCUCCACUGAGAGUGUGACUGUGGCUUCGAGCCCUCAUGGACACCUGCGGCCACGCACGCCGCCACGUAGGCCGCCUGCUGCUCCCGCUGCUGCUCCCGCUGCUGCUGGCGACGACGAGAUGGAAGAAGUCCUAGUGGAGCCUGAGCCAACAUUGCCAGGAGCAAAAAGACUUCCCCUUAGGUCAGAUCCUGGUGCUGCUGCAGCUUUUGAUGCUGAGUCUGAACGACGUCGAGCUGCCGAAGGAAAGCCGGCUAGCAGCCGACCUACGGGCCCAGCGACAGCUGAGACGUCUGAUUCAUCGAACGAUGACCAUGAGGAUGAGGAUGAUGAUGAUGAUGCAGGUCCACCACCCCCUCCAGCACCUGGGCGAGUUACAAGUGUGAAUAGGUAUUCCACUGCCCCUGCUGCGUGGUCGAAGGCUGCUGCCCCCGCGUCCAGACCCAAGGCACCGCCUCCAGGAUCAGCCUCGUCUAUGGAAUCGUCUGCUGCUGCUGGUCCCCUGGAAGAUCCUCGUCGACGACGAAAGGAGCCAGGACAUAAGAAGCGUUCCAGAAGUGACUUGCUGCAGUGGGCCGCCAUCGCUCCCGCCGACGCCGUCGUGGGACAAGGGGUGCCAAGCGAGCCCGCAAUGAGUACUGGCGAGAGCGCCACCCUGAAGACUUCCCUCCAAAGCCAGAUGAUCCUGGCGAUGACAGAAGUAAGGGGCCUGGACCUGGGCCGCCGCCUUCUGGUGGCACGGGUGGAAGGGGGGCUGGCGGCUGAAAUGCUACAAGGUGCGCAAGCCCGAGUGAAGGCCCGGGCUAUGAUGCAGUUCAUUGCUCCUUUGAUUGUGCAGGCUGCUUUCAUCGCGCCUCCAGGAGCUAUGGCGAAAAUUGAAGAAGAUGAACGCAUCAAAGCAAAGGAAGAAGACCAGGAGAUGAUGGCAAAGUCAGAGAGUCCUGUGUUUGACACACCAGAGGAAGCGCAGGAGAUGCUUGCCGAGCCUGUCAAGGUACCCGACAACUUGUCGGAUGUCACGGACCGAGCUGUUUUGAAGCAACACUUGCUGGAAGCGUUUGACACCGCCUGUGAUGAAUGUGGAGGGCCCGCGCAGUGGCUGCUGCACCGCUUCCCCAAAGAAGAAGAUCGGAAAUUAUUCCGAGCUGGAUUGGAACAAGAGUUUCCCAUGAUGGCUUCCAUUGACUAUGUGCAGCCUGCGGUCUUAGGCAAAAGUAAGCAGAGAUGCCAUGUGCAUGUCGCCAUGCUCUCCUUCCAGCCGGAAAGAUCCACCAAAGGCUUUCCAUACCGCUGUACGUGCAAAGAUCUUCUGGAUGAAUACCUUGUGCAUGGCUUCCUGACUGAGGCUGAGCCCUUGCUUCUCUGGAGCAGCCCAGACGACAGAGAGUUGUCGCAAGCAGAUUUUGAGAUCCGCUAUGUCAAGGGCAUGGCGCGCUGCUCAACCCUGCUGUGGCUUUUGGCUCGUAUGGCAGACUUGAAGAUUGAUGUCAUGGCCCACUUUCCGCACCUCUACCAGACAGUACAGGUGAUUCACGGCUUAUUUGAAUCCCACCCAGACUUGAUGUCGGUCGCCAUAGCGAAUGCACAUGCCUCCAACAGGGGUGCCAUCAGGGCGCCGCACGACGUCCUCACCUGGGUGACAAAAUUGAUGCUGCUGGACCAGGCAGGUGCAGGAAAAACGCCGACUCAGAUUCUUGAAGCUUUCAACAGCAAUGCGUCGGCCAAAGGAAAGGUCACCGGCCAAAGACGAGUCUCUGCACUGAAUCUACUACAAGGCUCAUGCAAAAACGGUGUGGACAGCAUGGUGAAGCUCUUGAGCCAGUUAGGUAACAAGGCUGUGUGGUGGCACGAGGACUCGUUUUGCAACAAAAAACUUCUCCCCGGCUGGGCACCGCGCACCAAUUUGCGCCAGUGGAACCAGAUUCUUGCAGUGACAGAGAUAAGCUUCUCUGUUUUUGUGGAGUCAUUGAACAUGCAGCAGCUUUCGAAGAGCUCCAGAAGCAGAAGGCCACUGGACAAAUGCCGCCUCGAGGAGCACGCCCAGAUGUGCUCAUUUUGGUGCUGGGCCACCCAAGGCGCCAUGGAAAAUGCAGUUGACAAAGAGAAGCUGGCCUCGCUGUCAGACAAAUUCAGGAACGGCGAUGUAGCUAUGACGCUGGAUGUCCAGAAAUGCUUGCGCGAAUUGCAGAAAGAAGCUACCACCUGCACUGACCUGGCGGUGGUGGGCCAUGCCCGGACCGAGAUUGAAGCUGCCAAGUUUGAGAAGGCGGAAUUUGAGCUGGUGUCUCAGAAGUUGAAAAGUGACAUCCAAGCUGUGCUCAUUUUCAGAUCCAAGCAGGAAUCACAUGAGAGCUUGAUCUACCAUGCCAAGAUGGAUCACCAGAGAAAGCGUCGGCUGCAUGGCAAGGAAUCCACUGCGACGCUGUUUGCAGGGCCGUGUGCUAUGUUCAGCUUCGUGACUUCUGUAGAGACGAUGCUUGCCAACUUGUGCAUGCUGAAACGCGAAUACCGUUUGCAGCAGCCACUCCUGGUAUUGGUAGUAGUGAACUGGGCAUCACCAUCCAUCGUGUGGGAGGAGCAGAUGGCGCUGCAGAUCCAAGCCCUGCAUUCCUGUCUGAGCCAUGAUGAUUUUGAUGCCAUGGGUCUGAUUCUGAUGCCGGUCUGGGAACGCUCCAAGGGCUCCAUGCACAAGAGCGAGAGCUUGCUCCUCAAGAAUUUGAGUGAAAGAGAUGUCAACACCGAUGACAAAGCAUCCUUGAGUUUUGAGGACAGAGCGGAUCCUCGCGAUCGUCGGCCUCUGGAGUAUCCUCUGCGGUUGGCUUUCCCCAUGAAAGCAAAAAAUGAGCCACAGUCUGCUUGGCAAAAGUCCGCGCUCUUUCUGAACAACAGAACAAAUGCCAGAGCAACAAUGUUGCAAGUCCGGGAUAUGAGAAUGCCAGAGUAUGAAGAUGAUCUCCCAACUUCAGAUGUGGAACAGCGUUUGAAUCCUGCUGAGAAAUAUGCUCAGAUUGGAGAUGUGGCUGCGGAAAUUCUUCUGAGCUCCACUUUUGCAACGCUUCCGUCCGGGUUGGGGCCGUGCGUUGCCAUUGUAGAUCUCAGCCCCAAGACUGGCGACCUUGCCCGCGCUGUGUUGAAGAUGCCGACAGCAUCUGUCAAGAUGCACUACAUCGCUCUGGGACCAGAUUCGCAACUUGAAUGGGCAAAGACGGAUCUCCAUGACAUUGCCAUGGAACGCUUCCUUGGGAGAACUUUGAAGAUCAAUGGUAUGGAGCCCUUGCCUGAGACCAUGGCUGCUGAUGAACAACUGCAAGUGUCUCUGCCCAAGUUGAACCUUGGAACGGUGGAUGGCGUGAACUUGAAACUGCCACAGACCCUACAUGGCAAGUGGUCUUCGAGCUCUUUCAAAGAUGAGUGGGCAGCACUGAUUGAGGAGGUAGAGCAAGUCCUCCCGCAGAAAAGUCUCGGAGAGCCAGGCUCGAAAAGAAUGCGCCGAUCUGAGCCGGAAGGGCUGACUGACCCAUCUGCGGCGUUUUCAACGCUAGUGCCCAUUGACAAGCUGGAUGUGACCAAGAUGCUGUUGCAAGCGCCAGGAUGCAACAAGCUGAAGGGUUUGACAUUCCAGGUUUAUCCUGAAAACAUUGUCUACCUCAUCAACACGACUGCUGCAGACAUUGCUGUGACUGGCCACAUCACAGGAUGGCAAAAAGGCAAAAGGUGGCAGCCGAAGGAAGUGACAGAUGAGUUUGAUUCGGCAGUGGAUCUGGUGUGGCGCUUUUCUGACAGCUCGGAAGUGGUGCUCAUGGAAGGCAACCUGAAGACGAUCUUCCAGGUGAUUGAUGACAUGAAGCAGCAGAAGCCAGAGAAAGUGCUAUACGUGGUCCAAGACUAUGAGCUAAGCUGCAGCACACCCGGGGCCUGGUUUGCUGAGUUAGAUGUGUACUGCAUUGCGUCAGAUGAGCGUGUCACGGUACGCUUCCAGCUCGCCACGGAACACUUUGCCAAGGACAACUCCCCAGCUGCUCAAUAG